AUGGGAGGGGCGUACUCGCCCGUGCACGGGGCUCUCUCCGCUCUGGAGAAGGCGAUCGGUCUGCUCGUCCGCUUCGGCGAGAUGAUACGGAGGGAGGUCCUCAUAACCUAUCAGCUGACGCGCUCCAACGGGGUCCUCGCCGCCUUCCCCGGUCUAGUUCUCGGCCCGGUCGCUGCAUUCGUUUCGCGCCGCGCGAUCAGCGCAUCUCUUCUGCGCGACCUCGCGCUGGCCGCCACGUGGCCCCUGCUGUACCUCUACACGUUCGAAGCCUGCAAUCAACUGACCGGAGUCUCUGGAACGCUCCCGUCGCGGGUCUCAUCAUGGCCGCGGUGGCGCCUGGGUUCGGGGAUCCCCCUCACCGCCCCCGUGUGGGCCUGGAUCGCCAACCUCUGCAGCGGCUGCGCGGUCCUCGUGACGCACCAGGACCUGAAGGACGUCGAAGGUGACGUCAUCAAGGGGCGGAGGACCGUCCCGGUGGUUCUGGGGGAGGGCCGCGCGCGGCGCGCGCUCGCGGCGGCAUAUGCCGCCGCCCCGUUCUUCUACUACGCGACGAUGCUGAGAGGGAUCCCCGGCGCGGCGCGCUUCGUUCUGGCGGUGCCCCUUUUCACAGUCCUAUGGUGCAUAGCGUAUCGCACGCUAGCGGCCGGGUCGAGGAGAGCGGAUGCGGUCACGUUCCAGCUCUUCUCCUGGUGGUGCCUGUACAUGAUGGCGCUUCCCUUGUUCAUAUGGCCUUGCGGGUUGUAG